CCAAUAGGACUGUUCUGCACUGAAAUGCCCUUUUCUGAGUAAAACAUCCCAGGUUGGGUGGAGGGGACUUUUAACCUGCUGAAUCACUGAGUGUGAUCACUGCUUCUUCCAUAAGCCAUGAAGAACUUAUAACACAACAACACAAGCCAAUAUCGGGAUACAGAGCCUAGGAGCCAUCAGUCCACCUCCAACCAUGUCUCAGGCUCUAGAUAAAUAUUGUGGGUCUGUCUUCUGGAAUUCCUCCUACUUGGAGCGACCAGAUCCGGACUUUCCAGUGUGUUUUAACCAGACUGUUUUAGUGUGGAUUCCUCUGAUCUUCUUCUGGCUCUUCGCUCCAUGGCAGCUACUCUACUUCUGCAAACGGGGCAAAGUGAAAUCCCCUAAUUCUAAACUGUACCUGGCUAAGCAGUUCUUGGCCUUGUUGCUGUUCUUCACAUCUGUUGCUGAAAUAGGGAUCACGGUGUCAGAGCACAUAACGGAACAAGCUAGUGCUUACCCUGACAAAAUCGUCCCUGCUGUCCUAUAUAUUAAUCCUCCCCUCUAUGCUGUGACAUGGAUCAUGGUUUUACUAAUUCAUCACAGCCGGCGGUAUUGUAUCCGAAAGGAUUCUGGAACCUUGUUCAUCUUUUGGACUCUGUCCAUAGUUUGUGGCGUUUUCCCCUUACAGUCUUUAAUCCGAACUGCACUUAAGGAGGAGAUUCCUGACCUCCCUCGCUACUGCUUGUUUUUCAUCUCAUAUAGCCUCCAAGUUAUCAUGAUUGUCAUGUCAUCCUUCUCAGAGGAUAAUGAACACACGAAGAAGAAUCCAGAGUUGACAGCGUCCUUUUUAAGCAGGAUCACCUUCAACUUCUAUAACAGGAUUGUUGUGACAGGAUAUAAGCGACCACUAGAGUUUGAAGAUCUUUGGGAAUUAAAUAAACCUGACCAGUCUAAGGUCAUUUAUGAUAAUUUUGACAAACAUAUGAAGAGGGAAGUCGCUAAAGCCAAGCAGGAGCUGGAGAAGCGUAGAAACAAGAGAAGGCAAAAGGGCAACAGCAUUGAAAUGAAUGGACUAAGCAAAGCACAAAGUCAGAAUGUGCUUCUGGAUGAAAAGAAAAAAGGGAAAAAGAAGAAAGAAUCUAUAGAUGGAACAGCUAAAGAUUACCCCAAGUCCUGGCUCUAUAAGACCCUCAUUAAGGCUUUUUCCAAUGUCCUCCUUCAGUCGGCGUUCUUCAAACUUAUCCACGACCUUCUCGUGUUUGUCAGCCCUCAGAUACUGAAGCUGAUGGUCUCGUUUACCUCCAACCCAGCGGAAUUCCAGUGGAAGGGCUAUUUCUACGCCACUUUGCUCUUGGUUACCGCCUUAGUUCAGUCCCUUUGCCUCCAGCAGUACUUCCAAGGCUGUUUUGUUUUGGGGAUGCGGGUGCGGACGGCACUGAUGGCUGCUGUAUACAAGAAAGCUUUGACAGUUUCUAAUGCUAUCCGGAAGGAGUCGACUGUUGGGGAAACGGUGAACCUGAUGUCUGCAGAUGCUCAGAGAUUCAAUGAACUGACAAACUUCAUCCACCUCAUCUGGUCAUCACCAAUGCAGAUCGCUAUAUCAGUGGUCUUUCUGUGGGAAGAGCUGAAGAUCGCAGUUCUGGCAGGCCUAGGGGUGAUGAUCCUGCUGAUCCCCAUCAAUGCUGUGCUGGCCACCAAAUCGAAGUCCUUUCAGACAGAAAACAUGAAGAACAAAGAUAAACGUUUGAAAAUAAUGAAUGAAAUUCUCAAUGGCAUCAAGAUCUUGAAGCUAUACGCCUGGGAAACAUCAUUUGAGAAGCAGGUGGAGGUUAUUCGUGAGAAGGAACUGAAGAACAUGUUACGCUUCGCCUACCUCUUCUCCGUGUCACUUUUCGUCUUUACCUGCGCUCCUUUCCUGGUGUCCGUUGCCAGUUUUGCUGUCUUUGUGGUGCAGGAUCCGAGUAAUGUCCUAACUGCAGAAAGGGCUUUCACCUCCAUCUCACUCUUCAAUAUUUUGCGCUUCCCUCUCGCCAUGUUGCCCAUGCUCAUCUCCAACAUGGUGCAGACUAAUGUUUCCUGUGCCCGGUUGGAGAAGUACUUGGGAGGAGAUGACUUGGAUAACUCCACUAUUCUUAAUGACCCCGAUCUUGACGUAGCUAUCCGAUUCACAGAUGCCACCUAUACCUGGGAGCCGGACACUGCGCCAGUGGUGAAUAAUGUUAACCUGGACAUUAAAGAAGGUCAUCUAGUCGCUGUAGUCGGCAGUGUUGGUUCAGGAAAGUCAUCCUUGAUUUCCGCAAUGCUUGGAGAAAUGGACAACGUCAAAGGAAACAUCAGUAUCAAGGGCUCCCUGGCUUAUGUUCCUCAACAAGCCUGGAUCCAGAAUGCCACCCUGAAGGACAACAUCCUGUUUGGGGCACCUCUGGAUGAGAAGCGAUAUCAGAAGGUGCUGGAGGCCUGCGCACUACUGCCCGAUUUGGAGAUCUUGCCCGGAAAGGACAUGUCUGAAAUAGGAGAAAAGGGUAUAAAUCUGAGUGGAGGGCAGAAGCAGCGGGUGAGCCUGGCUCGGGCAGUCUAUCAGGACACAGAUAUCUACAUUAUGGAUGACCCACUCUCAGCCGUCGAUGCCCAUGUUGGGAAACACAUUUUUGAGAAGGUGGUCGGUCCCAAUGGAUUGCUAAAAGACAAGACUCGUAUCUUGGUGACGCACGGUGUCAGUUUUCUCAAGCACACAGAUGAAAUUGUGGUAUUGGUGAACGGAAAUGUCACCGAAACUGGCUCCUGCAAAACACUACUGGCAAACAAAGGAGCCUUUGCCGAGUUUCUGAAAACCUAUGCAAAGCAAGACCACAGCCACGAUGUAGACCCCACAGUAUUGCUGGCUGUGGAUGAGAAUGAUGACAGCGAGGAUCCAAUAGUAGAAGCUAUGAAGGUGACGGAGGACAUUGUGAGUGUAACACUAAAGCGAGAAAACAGUCUACACAAGAAGAGACUGGGCAGUAUGAAUGGCACAUUAAGGAGAUCUUUGAAGAAGUCAAUAAAGGAGGAGGAGGUGAAGAAAAUGGCUAAAGGACAACAGCUGAUUGAGAAGGAGACGGUAGAGACUGGGAAGGUGAAAUUCUCGGUGUACGGAAAGUACAUGCGUGCCGUAGGAUGGGGGUACACAAUCUGGAUCUUAGUCGCCUACAUCUUACAGAACGUAGCUUUUGUUGGACAGAACAUUUGGCUGAGUGACUGGACUAAAGAUGCGGUUACCUAUUUCAACCAGACCUACUCGUCUUCACAGAGAGACAUGAGGGUUGGCGUGUUCGGGGCCUUAGGAGUAGCACAAGGGAUCUUCGUGUUUGCUGGUGCAUUUCUGGUUGCUGCGGGUACAGUGCGCGCAUCACGGCUCCUUCAUGUACAGCUCCUCCGCAAUAUGCUCCACGUUCCUAUGCAGUUUUUUGACACGACUCCAACUGGGCGAAUUGUCAACAGGUUCGCCAAGGAUAUCUUCACGGUGGAUGAGACCAUCCCCAUGUCGUUCCGCAGCUGGGUAUCCUGCGUACUGGGAGUCGUCGGCACGUUGUUUGUCAUCUGCUUGGCCACGCCCAUCUUUGCCGCCAUCAUCAUCCCUCUGGCCAUUUUCUAUUAUUUUGUCCAGAGGUUUUAUGUCACCACUUCACGACAACUGCGGAGGUUGGAUUCUGUCACGAGAUCUCCCAUCUAUUCCCACUUCGGGGAGACGGUGUCUGGCCUGUCGGUCAUCCGUGCCUAUGGACAUCAGCAAAGGUUCCUCCAACAUAAUGAAAACACAAUUGACAUCAAUCAGAAGAGCGUUUACUCCUGGAUUGUUUCCAACAGGUGGCUGGCCAUUCGUCUGGAGUUCGUAGGUAACCUUGCGGUUUUCUUUGCUGCCCUCUUUGCGGUGCUGGCCCGUAACACAGUGGACAGCGGGACUGUUGGAUUGUCUAUUUCCUCAGCCCUUAAUAUCACACAGACCCUGAACUGGCUGGUCAGGAUGACAUCAGAGCUGGAGACCAAUAUUGUGGCUGUGGAGCGUGUAGACGAGUACAUCAAGGUGGAGAACGAGGCACGAUGGGAAACCGAUCAGCGACCACCACAGGACUGGCCCGAGAAGGGGGUUGUGAAGUUUGUGGACUACAAAGUGCGUUAUCGGGAGGAGCUGGACCUCGUCCUUCAUGGGAUCACAUGUACUGUGAACAGUAUGGAGAAGGUGGGAAUAGUCGGAAGAACGGGCGCUGGAAAGUCUUCACUCACCAACUGCAUUUUCCGGAUUAUUGAAGCAGCAGGAGGCCAAAUCAUCAUCGAUGGGCACGACAUUUCCACCAUCGGCCUCCAUGACCUGCGCAAGAAACUGACCAUCAUUCCCCAGGAUCCAAUUCUGUUCUCCGGCACACUGAGGAUGAAUCUGGACCCGUUUGACCAAUACACAGACGAGGAAGUAUGGAAAGCUCUGGAACUCUCCCAUCUCAAGCCUUACGUGGAAGGUUUACAGGAGAAGCUCUUCUAUGAAGUCAGCGAGGGAGGAGAGAACCUGAGUGUCGGUCAGCGGCAGUUGGUGUGUCUGGCUCGGGCUUUGCUUCGCAAAUCCAGAAUUCUGAUUCUUGAUGAAGCCACGGCGGCGGUGGACCUGGAGACUGAUAAUUUGAUUCAGAAGACGAUUCGCAGUGAAUUUGCGGACUGUACGGUGCUGACCAUCGCACAUCGCCUGCACACCAUCAUGGACAGCAACAAGGUCAUGGUGCUGGAUGCAGGUAAAAUCAUAGAGUACGGUGAGCCGGAGGAGCUCCUACGUAGCAAUGGGCACUUUGCUUCUAUGGCCAAGGAUGCUGGAAUUGAAGGUGCUAAGAGUACUAUUCUAUGAGGACUGAACUGUACUGCCCAUGUGUGCUUAGACCACGCAUUGGCCAACCAAGGACCAAAUGGCAUUAACUCAAAUGAACUAAAAAGAGCUGGAAAUGGGGAGUACUUCUAGAACAUUGGGGGAAACGUUGGAUUCCAGUAUAGCGGGAUGUGGACUAAGAUGACACUAAGGCCAUGCUGUGGGUGUCGUUGGAUUGUGGGUGUCGUUGGAUUGUGGGUAGUUGUACUAUACAUGGUGCUUCUGUGGUUUUUACCUUUUAAUGGGUCCUGAAGACAAAACUGAAUUCGUAAAAUUACAGCCACUUUGACAAGAUAUCCAUCUUCCUGCAAUGCAAGGAGCUUAUUAUUUUUUUGCAAAAGAUGGAUGCUCAUAUCAGUAGAAAAGUAUACGAGUAAAACUAAUAUCAUUACUAAGGUGAGCCUGUGCUGGGUUCAAAAGCGUCCCAAACCACGGCUUCCAUCCAAUAGCAGACCUCCAGGUACUUCUGGUAACCUAUCUUCUUCCUCGAGAGUCUGGGAACCCUGGGGGAGGUCUCUAUUAUGCAAAUCUUGACUCAACAAAAAGCUCAUUGUAUUUAUGAUUGUGAAUGAUACAAGAGUAAUGUGGCAUUUAUCAAUGUGUGUUUUGUUUUCUUUGUAUAUGCUGUAAACGAACAUUUUUUUUU